AUGGCUUUGCUUUAUCACUUGGUCUCUUUGCUAAGUCUAUUCGCAUGCGUCUUUGCUGCUACUUCUGAACCCAUUGUUACCCACAAGGUGUUCUUUGACAUCCAACACGGUGAUGAAAAGCUCGGCCGUAUUGUGAUGGGGCUGUUUGGCCAGGUAGCACCUCGUACUGUUGAAAACUUUUAUGAAUUGACCAUCUCUGAAGAUCCAAACAUGGGCUAUAUCAACUCCACGUUCCACCGCGUCAUUCCGCAAUUCAUGAUCCAAGGUGGUGACUUCACUGACGGCACGGGUGUCGGUGGCAAGUCCAUUUACGGCAACACUUUUGCUGACGAACCCUUCACUCUAAAGCACGACCGUCCAGGUCGUUUAUCCAUGGCCAACCGUGGCCGUGAUACCAAUGGCUCUCAGUUCUUCAUCACCACUGUUGAAACUCCAUGGCUCGACGGCCGCCACGUAGUGUUCGGCGAAGUCAUCGAGGGUAUGGACGUCGUACACAUGAUCGAGAAAGUACCUACCGGCCGCUCAGACCGUCCUAAGCAAACUGUGCGCAUCAUUGCCUGCGGUGAGAUCGAAACCGUCCCACCUUCCGAGAUCGAGGCAGAGGAAGCUGCUGCUCACGACGAAUUGUAA